AUGGCCAGGGCCUAUGAUCGCUCUUGCUAUUUUGUUCAAAGAAGAGAGUAUAACAAUGCCUUACGCUAUAAAGAUAUUAUGUUCAAGCGCACUCUGCCAAUUGCCAAUCUGCCAGAGGGAGUUAAUCACAAGUUGUCUGAGAUUUCAUAUGAGUCUCGUGAUGGCAGGCGCUUGACUCAACCUCCUGUGAAAAUAUAUUCUGGUCAAAAAUUGCUUGAGAGCAGCAAAAGAUCUUCUGAUUCCCUAAAUCAUAGUAUGGAAGCCCCUGUUCCAGGAAAAAUCUACCUGUGGGAUGCACCUUUGGCUGGUUUAGGGUGA